AUGUCAAUCCUCACCUUUCUUCCACCACUCGCGCCCUUCCUUUUCUCGGCCCUCGUCGUGAGCGGCCUCGCCUCGAAAGCUUUACAUAUCGCACUACACAUUCGCUCAUUACCGUUCCUCUACUUCGUUCUUUAUUCGCCGACGCUCAUUCUACCCGAUGUUCUCGUCAUCAUAUGUGCCCGAGUGCUGUUGCGCUUCCAUGCGCCGGAAGGCCGAUGGCAAUGGCUCUCGACCGCGCUGGGUGGGGCGCUAUCCCUGAUCACAUGGGGCGCCUCCUCCAUCCAGUUUGGAUUCUUCAUGCAGACUGGUGCCGAGGUCGCCUGGGCAGCUGGUGGUAGUUUCCUCAGCGAUCCGGCCGCCAUGAAAAUCCUCCUCAGUGGCAUCUCCACCGUCUCCGCUGCGGCCACCGUCCUCGGCCUGGUCGCCUGGUUGAUCCACUCGCAUUUGUACAACCUCACCGGACUUGGGUUGCAGGCAAUCCGAGAUCUGUGCGUGGGCAGUUAUAGAGCGCGCUAUACAUUGAUCGCGGCCCCGAAGCAGUCAUGCAUGGCCUCCAUGGAUCUCCGGUCGCUCCGCCGCAUCAUCCCCGCAGUCGCCAUCACGGUCUCCCUCGUCUUUUUGGAAAUCACUCGUCCGUCGAUCCCUUAUGACCAUCUGUCCGGCGCUCUGCCCUUGACAUUGCUGGAGGCAUUUCACAAGAAGACGGCUACGGUGGAGGGAUGCCGGGAGCCGGUGGUGCCUUUCCCUGAGUUGAAGACCUCGGGCCCUCUGUUCCAACCGGAUGGGGCUUUUGUGGAACAGUGGUCCCGAGCGACAUGGCUGCCCGAAAACCCACCAGCAGGAUUCAGCCGCUGGGACGUCAGCCCGCACGACCGAGCUGAGAAGGACAACCACUUCUCUUUUGUUUGUGGUAGUGACGAAGGCGGGUUCUUCAACCCGAAGUCUGAUCCCCUCAAGAUUUCAAAUCUGGGUGGUGAAAUUUACGAGCCCCUGCAAAAGGCGUUCAGAGAGCACUCUGUUGAUGUCAACCAUGUGGUGCUACUGACCCUUGAAAGUGGCCGCAAAGAGCUGUUCCCUGCGCAGCAGGGAACCCCCCUGUUCGAUGCUCUUCUCGCUUCUCACAAGAAGAAGGAUGUCGAGGAAGCUAUUGAUCGACUGGUCACUAUGACCCCAACUGCCCAGCAGCUGACCGGUGAAUACGCGACUGACAGCAAGGGCAACAAGGUUGACCUGAGCAAUUCUACAUGGGAACACCCACCUAACGAAGGAAUGGGUGGUCUUAACGUCCGCGGGGCCAUGACAGGAAGCUCUUUGACUUUCAAGAGCAUUUUGGGGAGCCAUUGCGGUGUUCACCCAUUGCCUGUGGAUCUUUUGGAAGAGUCCCAGCUUGAAAUUUACCAGCCAUGCUUGCCUCAGAUUCUCGACUUGUUCAACAUGGGUAAAGCCCAGAGGGGAAACCAAAGCCAAGCCUCUCGGGGUAUUUCCGAGGCUGUCAAGAACCCUUGGAAGUCAGUCUUCAUGCAGUCAAUCACUGAUGACUAUGACCGCCAAGACGUCCUCAAUGAAAACAUGGGCUUCAAGCACAAGGUCGUUAAGAGUGAUCUGGAAAGCUCGCACUCAAAGUACAGAGCCAAAGGCAAGGAAAUCAACUACUUUGGAUAUGCCGAGACUGAGCUGCGACCUUAUGUGCGUGAUCUUUUCGAGGAGGCUGCAAACAACAAGACCCGCAUGUUCCUCUCCCACGUCACCAGCACGACGCAUCACCCAUGGAGCACGCCGGACGACUUUGACAAGGAGCCAUACAUGAGUGACCAAGGAAAUAUCAACCACGAUCUGAUGAAUAACUACCUCAACGCCGCACGCUUCGUCGAUAUCUGGCUCGGUGAUAUCAUGAAUAUGCUCGAGGAAACCGGCAUUGCCAACGAGACCCUUGUUGUUGUCGUUGGAGACCACGGCCAGGCUUUCGGUGAAGACAACAAAGAUAUGACCGGAACUUACGAAAACGGCCAUAUCAGCAACUACCGCGUUCCCCUGGUCUUCCACCACCCACAAAUGCCUCGCGUUGACAUCACCGCCAACGCAACGGCUCUCUCCAUCAUCCCCACCAUCCUCGAUCUCCUCGUCGAGUCCAACUCUCUUGACGAGCGAGACACUGAAAUCGCCUCAGCGCUCCUCCCCGAAUACCAAGGCCAAUCUCUCUUGCGACCUUUCCUCUCCACCGUGGUUGACUCACCCCACCAUGGUCACCCACCGCCACCUCCUCCCCCUGAGCGUGACGUCUCGCAGCCUGAAGCUCGCUCUCACCCAGAUGGCCCGCCUAGGCGCUCAGUCUGGAACAUGGGUCUCAUCAAUGCAGGUGGGUCCAUGCUCGCUGUCACAACGGCCGGCAUACCCUACCGCUUGAUCCUGCCUCUGAAAGAGGAAUUCGAGUAUACCUUCACUCACCUUGGUGAAGACCCUGGUGAAACCCACCUCACCAAAGCAUGGACUCUACCCGAGCUCAUCAAGGAGGUGGUUCCCAAACACGGCAAGGAAGCGGCCGACUGGCUCGAAGAUGCCGAGAACGUUGGCAAGUGGUGGGUCACCGAGCAGAAACGCAUCUGGGGCUACCGCGAAGCCUAA